AUGCUCCUCCAAUCCUCCCUCGGCUGGGUGGCCGGGCUCACCACCCUGUCAUGCCUCCUCGACCCCAUCCUCGCCGCCGACAUGGCCGCAUGGAAGACCCGAUCCGUGUAUCAAACCAUGACCGACCGAUUCUCCCGGCCCGAUGGCUCAGUAACGGCACCGUGUAACACAACAGCGGGUCUUUACUGCGGAGGAACAUGGCAAGGAACGAUCAAGGAACUGGACUACAUCCAAGGCAUGGGAUUCGAUGCGAUCAUGAUUUCCCCCAUCGUCAAAAACAUCGGCGGCCGAGUGUCGUACGGUGAAGCCUACCACGGAUAUUGGCCCCUGGAUCUGUACGCCCUCAACGAUCACUUCGGCACAGAGCAGGAUCUGCACGAUCUGAUCACGGAAGUCCACGCGCGCGGCAUGUUCGUGCUCAUGGAUACCGUCAUCAACAACAUGGCCUACAUGACCCACGGCCAGAAUCCGGCGGACCACAUUGACUACUCGGUCUUUACCCCCUUCAACAACCAGGAUUUCUUCCACCCAUACUGCAAGAUCACGAACUGGAACAACUACACGGAUGCCCAGCUCUGUCAGACUGGUGAUAACCAGGUCGCCUUGCCCGAUCUCUUCACCGAGCAUGAGGACGUGCAGAAACUGUUGGAAGACUGGGCGACUGGCGUGAUCAAAAAGUUCAACAUCGAUGGUCUCCGAAUCGACGCCGUCAAGUCGGUGACCCCGUCCUUUGUCCGAAAAUUCGGUGACACGGUGGGAGGCUUCAUGACUGGAGAGGAGUAUGAGCGGAACUCCAGCAUCAUCUGCCAAUGGCAACACGACUAUAUUCGCAGCAUGCCCAAUUAUCCCAUGUAUUUCUCCAUGCUGGACGCCUUCACCCAAGGCAAAAUCGCCAGCUUGGCCGACCAAAUCGAAGAGAUGAAGAACCUCUGCUCGGAUGUCACGGAGAUGGUCUCCUUCUCAGAGAAUCACGAUGUUGCUCGUAUCGGCGGAUUGACAAGUGACUUAGCCAUUGCCAAGACCAUCCUCACGUUCACUCUGUUGUUCGACGGUAUUCCCAUGGUCUAUCAAGGCCAAGAACAGCAUUUGAAGGGAAUCGCCACCCCCCUGAAUCGUGAAGCCAUCUGGCUCACCAAGUUCGACACCCAAGCCCCGCUGUACCAGCUCACCAAAGUUCUCAACGCCAUUCGACGCCACGCCCUGACCCUGGAUCCCAACUUUGUCAACAUCCCAAGCUAUCCCAUCUAUCGCGGCGGCAGUGAGAUUGCCAUCAGUAAGGGUGUGCAAGGUCGGCAGAUUGUCACGGUUCUGACCAACCAGGGUGAGAAAGGCGGCGCGUACACGCUCCUGCUGCCCGCAUCUUUCAAUGCCAUGACCGGUGUGACGGAGAUCAUAAGCUGCACAAACUACACCGUCUCCUUUGAGGGAGAGUUGGUGGUCAACAUGAACAAGGGAGAGCCCCGGGUCUUCUUCCCGACCCAGUUGAUGCCCGGCUCCGGGCUGUGUGGUUUCUCCGACAAAAAUCAGUCCUACACGGAAUUGAAGACGGGCCACAAGUCAACUACCAUCUCGUCUGGAUCCUCGUUGCGAACUGGAUUCCUGCGCGACUCGUCUUCCACAUCUGCUGUUCUGGUGGCCGUCAUGCUGGGUGUGAUGGCUCUGCUCAAUUUGUAA